UUUUUUUUUCCAUUUUUUUUUUUAAUUUUCUUUUAUCAUUUUUUUUUUCUAUCUAUCAUGAUGGUUUGUAGUAAUGAAACAUUAUUAUGCUUGGCUGGACAACUUGGUAAUCCUGAAGAUCGACAUAAUUAUACUAAAAUCAUUCUCAAAAAAGAACUUUUAAAAACACAACUUGAAACAUUACAAGUCUCCUUACAACAACAAAAACGUUAUGAAGAAGAAGAAGAAGAAGAAGAUGAUGAUGAUGAAAUGUCAUUAUUGCCACUGAUGACAUCUUCUUCUUCUUAUUAUUCGCCGCCAUCAUCAUUUCGUCAAUCAAUGUCUUCUUAUUCUCUUUUAUUAUCCAAAUCUGUAUCUAUGUAUCAACCUCAAUUACAACAAUAUGAUUCCAAUCUCUGGUCAUCAAAACAAAUAGAUCGUUUAUCCUCACAAUAUAGAAGUAAUGUUAUUCAACUGGUAACAAGCAAUGCUCCUUCAUUAACAACGGUGACGAACCUAAAGAAUCCUUCUCUCAAAGUGAAAACAACCAAUUUACAUUCAUCUCUUCCUGUGUCGCCUCCUUUAUCCCCACCAAGUUCUUCUAUUUGUUUGUCGCCAUCAUCCAAUGCUUUUCCAAUAGUAAAAUCGUCAUCAUCAUCAUCAUCAUCAUCAUCAUCGUUAGAUCAAAUCUCUUCCUCCAAUAUCCAUAAAAGCGUAUCAUCUACCAAUCUGUCGGUACCUGCCUCCCCACCAGCCUCUCCUAAACGUGCCUACCAUAUCAUUUCCAAAGAUGAACCCCAUAAUCAAGCACGUACCAUGAUUCCUAUUCAAAAGAAUCAUCAAAUGCGAUUACGAACAUUUUUACGCCAAUCGGUCACUUUGAACAAAUGGAUUAGAGUAGGAACCAGUCAAACCAAAGAUCCAAGGUUUUAUCAAGCCAAAUCAUUAUUAUCUGGUCAAUCAAAGUGGGUCUUGAAACUUUUGAUUACUAAAACUACUUGUUCCAGCGAUGAUCCUUUGGCUCCUUUUGGUAUCCAGUUUGUUAAUCCCGCCUUAUCUACCAUGUCCAUUCAACAAGAUUCUUAUUAUUCCAUGAUCCCUGAUUCUUUGGUCUUAGAAGCCCUAGAUAUUUGGUUGAAAAAAUCUCAUUGUCCUCCUGUAACUGAUGCAUCUCAUAUUAUGCGUGAUGGGACUAAACUUUAUAUUAUAUUUGACCCCAUUAGAACAUAGUUUUAUCCUCUACAUAUUUAUUCUAC